UUCAUUGAAUCUGCUGCCACAAAACGAUUCGCCUCCCCUGACCGCGCUUUAUUUGCAAUAUUUUUCCGGUUUCCCGCCCUUCUGGCGUUACGACGCCCUGCAGACGAGGGGACCCAGUCGACCGCCGAGUAUCGCGCCGAAUUCGAGGCCAAGGCUGAAGAGCUUCUUAACUGGCUGGACGCUUCGUCAGUCGCUCUUGAACUCAUCACAAUGGACCAGAAUCUGCCGGCUCUCGGGGCUUCAGCUGGCGGUCCUGGAUCCACGAGCCCUAGCCUCACGUCAACGUCAUUCGCCCGAUCAGACGCCGGCAUCAAGACGCCCGUGGCUGGCCUCGAGUCCUUGUUGCCGCCACGAUUAGAUGAGCCUAAACGACCGAGUACGGGUCCGCCUGAAGGCCACACCAGCGGCACGGUUGCCGGAGUCACGGGCUCCGGGGGUUCAGGCGGCACAGAGCCGGGCCAGUUGCCGGGGGAGAUUCUGAGGCGCGUGAAGAGCGAGGCCUCGCAGUGGCAGGAUUCAAUGCGCCGUCUGAUCAAGCUGGGUGACCGCUAUCGCAAGGAAUUGAGCCAGAGUGAGUGUAUACCCCGGACUUGUCCUCGCGGAGCAGUCUUAAAGAGGCCCUGUAUGCCCUGUUUCCUCGACCUUUCAACCCUAGCUCUGGUAAAAAAAAGGUCGUUACGCCCUAAUUAA